AUGAACGAGGAAGCAGAGCUGCGCGCCAAGAUUGCGGCCCUCACAGGACGCAUCGAUCAACAACGACAAUCAGGAAGCGGGCCCCCGGCGCCGACCUAUGGUGCGCCGGCAGGUCGUGGCUCAGGCUACCAUCCAAGAGGCCGUGGAGCUGGAUGGACUGGUCAACAAUAUGCGCCUGAUCGAUAUGCGCCAUAUCACGCUCCUCGCGCCUUCUCGCACAAGCCUGCAUACGCUCCUUCGUACCGCAAUCGCUCUCUCGUUGUUAACAGCUCCGUUGGCGCGCCUGCCGGUCAACAAGCCUCUCCUGCCACGCCCGCUCUCACUCCUUCUGGCCAGUGGGUCUCGAAGCGCGAUCGCCACAUGCAACUGAUCAACACUGCCGUCUACGAUCAAAAAACACAACAGCGCCAGCUGGAGAUCGAAGCGACCCAGCAGGAGAAACAGCGUCUACGCGACGAAAAGGAGAAGGCAAGAGUCAUCAAGGCCUUCCUACCUCAGCAGUCCGCAUCCACCUCAUAUGGCGCUCUGCCGUCUACAGGGACUGUCGCUGUACGGGACAUCCAAAUCAACAACAUUCGAUUCCGCGUCGCCGCCGACGGAAGCAAGCUGAUACGCAUAUUCGACGACUCGAACACAGAUCCCGGGGCUACGCCUAAGACGACCAAAGUCGCAGGCGUCACCUUCCAUAGGAGUAAGACUGGUAAUCUCUACCGUGCUGGUCUGGUAAAGAAAUCCAUGAGGGAUAACGACGUCAAAAAGAGCACGGAAUUGUGUCCAAGGUUCACUGCUACGGGUACCCAAUACUCCACACGCCACCAAACCGGUCCUUGCGCGACGGAUCUGAAUGAGAGCGAUCAUCUCAACAUAUCCGUUGGUAUGUGCGCCUACGGCAACCGCUGCCGCUACACCCACGACCCAAACAAGAUCGCUGUCUGCAAAGACUUCCUCCGGUCUCGCCGUUGCGCUGCUGGUGAUGCUUGCAACCUUUCCCAUGAGACCAAUCCCCACCGCGUCCCUGCUUGCACUCAUUUUCUUCGCGGCAAUUGCACCAACUCAGAAUGUCGCUAUGCCCACGUUGCUGUCAAUCCUGUCGCGCCCGCCUGUCGGGCGUUUGGUACCAUUGGCUACUGCGAGAAGGGUGCUGAUUGUACCGAGCGCCAUGUGUUCGAGUGUCCCGACUAUGCUAACACAGGUAUAUGCCGUAACAAAAAGUGUAGACUUCCACACGUCGACACGGCCGGCAACAUGCGUAAGGCCAAGUCGACAGAAGUCAAGAUGGAUGAAGCCGAGACCUCGGAUCUAUCCAGUGACGAAGAGAGCUACGAUGAGAUCGGUUACGAUGAUGUAGACUCGGACAACUUCAGUGAUAACGAAGUCAUGGGCGGCACUGAUGAGCGCGACCAUGAGCUCUCCCAGCAGCAGGACUACGUUGGUUUCUCUUGA